ACAAAGAGGAAGUCGCGUCACGACUGAAGUAGGUAUUUUGCAAAGAUGGCGGCGUUGAUGGUUCCCCGGCUUCCCGCCCUUGGCUCUUUUAAUCUAAGGGCCAUUUCAUCAUUAACUGUUCACAAAAAAGUUCAGCUGACAAAGGAUGAAAACUCCAAAAGCCUGGUCUCGAUCAGAGAGAAAAGCACGGCUCUGGCAACAAAACCAGCUUCAGCUGUCAGCAGUAAGGGUGAAUACAUCAUCACCAAGCUGGAUGAUCUGGUCAACUGGGCACGCAGAAGCUCCUUGUGGCCCAUGACCUUUGGUCUGGCAUGUUGUGCUGUGGAGAUGAUGCACAUGGCUGCCCCUCGUUAUGACAUGGAUCGAUUUGGUGUUGUAUUCAGAGCCAGCCCCAGACAGGCUGAUGUCAUGAUUGUCGCAGGAACACUCACAAAUAAAAUGGCCCCUGCUUUACGAAAGGUGUAUGAUCAGAUGCCAGAGCCCAGAUAUGUCAUUUCCAUGGGAAGCUGUGCGAACGGAGGAGGCUACUAUCAUUACUCUUAUUCGGUGGUCAGAGGUUGUGAUCGCAUUGUUCCAGUGGACAUCUACGUCCCAGGUUGCCCUCCAACGGCAGAGGCUCUGCUUUAUGGAACACUGCAGUUACAGAAGAAGAUCAAACGAGAGAAGAAAAUGAGAAUUUGGUAUCGCAAGUGAGAUGUGAUUGUUGAUGUGUGUCUGGUCUGUAAAAAUGUUUAUUUAAAAUUGGUCAUUUGUUGUGCCCAGAAGACUCAAGCUUAAGCUCCUACUCUUUGCACAAUAAAGGACUUUCUGCCUGAA